CAGGGCAAAGGUUGGGAGGGUGGGACUCCUCGGAAUUCCUGGGGCUACAGGUCCAGCGCUCCUCCUCCUCCCUGCGGGAACUGCCCGCUCCUCCGACCCACCUUCACUCACCACCAUGGAGUUCGACCUGGCAACAGCCCUGAACUCUAAUUCCAAGAAGCCAGCAGGGACAGGCCAGGUGAGAGACGCCAGGCACGGUCCCUCCAAGGCUCAGGGCCCGCCAGAGGCGGGGGCACCUCGGAAACCAAGGCAUGGCAAUGGCAGCUCCUCAGACUCCAGCAGCAGCAGCAGCAGCUCCUCCAGCGACUCGGAUGCCGAGGGGAAGUGCCACGCUGCGGGCGCCAAGCAGCACGAAGCCACCCCGGGCCAGGCCAAGAAACUCAAGGUGAAGAAGAAAAAGGAGGAGAAGAAGGACAAGAAGGAGAAGGGCAAGGAGAAGGGCAAGAAGUCCCCUCACUGAUUAAACCCUCCCGAUGGUG